UAUUUGGGCAAGGCAGACGUAGACAUGCGACGGACUCGUUGUUGAACGUUUUCACCAUUCUUCGUCACGCAACUCUCACACGCAUCCCUCAUUCCUUCUGUCUAUAUAUAUAUUCCGUCGCUUCUCUCGCACUCUUUCUUAUUUUCCUUCGUUUUCAUUUUAUCUGAAUUUUCUUUCUCUGGCAUCUUUCUUCAUGGUUCGGGUAAGUUCCCGAAAUGUUUCUCAGAGUUCUGAUCAAUGGCAAUAUGCGGAAUUGUUUCAAGUACGAGUUUGGAAAGCAUUGAAGUAGCUUUUGGUUGUGGAAAUUUGUUGACAAAACUUAAUAGGCCUAGUCCUAAGCGAUUUAUCGGAAAGUCCUCUUUAUCCACUCAGAGGUACAGUCGGGGACCGCAAUGUUCAUUGUCAAGUGGAAUAUCUUCAGUGGAAUCAGAGGAAAAUUCUCGGAGUUCUUUGUCAUUUUCUCUGGAGGAAGAAUCCGUGCACGUUGUGAGGUUCAAGAAGUCUGACUUUAAGAUUCUCGACAGUGUCAGUGUUGGCCUUGGUGGUCGGGCCGAUGAAGUAGUUUUUGAAGCUAUUGUGAAGGAUGCUAAUAGCCCAUUGUAUAAUACAAGAGUUGUUCUUCGACGGCUUACUAGUGCUCAAGCUCAGCGUAGGGGCAAGCGAGCAAUUGAGGUAUUGAAGAAGUUGGUUCGUCGUAAACUUAUGUACCAUUCUUAUUCAAUGCAAGUUCAUGGUUACAUCUCUUCUGCUACAAGUAGUGGCCGUGGCUCAUUUACCCUGGUACACAGGUAUCAUGGUAGUUUUUCUUUAAGACAUUGGCUUCAACAGUCAGAUUGGCUUCCAACCUUGGAAGCUACUCUGGCAUUGGAUGAGGAUUCUGUAAGAAGAGUAGGAGAUGACACAGUUGGAGGACCUGAAAUUUCACGGCAGUUGCGGCUUAUUAGAAUAUUGAUGAGAGAUCUCUUGAUUGGAGUGAAUUACUUACACAGCCAUGGACUUGCCCAUACAGAGUUGAGACUGGAGAAUGUGCAUAUAAGCCCAGUAGAUAGACAUGUUAAAGUAGGAAUACUAGGAAAUGCUGCUGACUUUUAUGAUGAUGGUUUAACCAGCACUACUCUGGACAAUAACAUAGAUAGGAGACAAAUGAUGAUUGCUUUCGACAUGAGAUGUGUCGGAUUCAUGAUGGCAAAAAUGGUGUUGCGAGAGCUCAUGGAUCCUCUAAUAUUCACAAAGUUCAAAACAUUCCUUAAACAGGGAAAUGAUCCUUCAUGCUUGCGUGAAUUUUUAUUGCAAAUACUUGACAAGAAUUCCUCAUCUGGAAACGUUGGACUCCAAAUACUUGAUAGAAACUGGGGUGCAGGUUGGAACCUUCUGUCAUUAUUGCUUGCAACCGACCCUUCCAGACGAAUAAGUUGCUUAGAUGCUCUUAGACAUCCGUUUCUCUGUGGUCCAAGAUGGCGGAUUGUUCCUUCCAUGGAUAUCAUUAGGUGGAGUCUUGGCUCAACUGCAGUUCGAAUCUCAGAGGAAUACAUAUAUCGCCAGCCUCAGCGUAGCAGGCUUGCUCACUUCAUUGAAGUAAUGGAGGUGCUGAAUUCUCAUUCUAAGCCAAAGAACUGGCUGGAGCUCCUGCCAGGUAAGUGGCGUCUAUUAUACUGCACUGGGAGGCACAUAGGGUUAACCUUCCGACAACCUCCUGCUCGCGUCCUUAUUGGCGAUGUGCACCUAACAGUGUCAAGAACAUCCAACUUAAACACGGACUUAUCAUUUACCUCUGACAUUGGCUUCACAAUCAUGGUCGGUCAGAACUGGCCUCAUAAUAAGACCGGAGUGAAUGGGAAAUUGGAGGUGAACUCAUUAUUUAGAUUAGCAGCAGGUAGACGUCUAUACAUUAAGGAAAAAAAGACCACGGGGAAGUUUUCCCCUGGUCAAUCAACCGAAGAUUCAUUGGCUCAGAAACUAUCAGGUAGGAAAUGGAGGAAAGCAGUUCCCUUCAAAGAACUUCCGACAAGCCUAUCAGUGGCCAAGCUCACUUCAAGUGACAUUGAGGUAACACUGAAUCUUGAUGAACCUUUAAGUAAAAACAUCGAUAUUGCAAAACUGGUGGUUCAAGAAGUCCGUACACAAGUCCCACCCGAAAUGUUUGAUUUGUCCGAGCUCGUCUGUGGAACAUAUGUUGACCCUAGGCUUCUAGUGCUUAGGGGAGUGAACGGUUCAGCACUUCUAUUUACAAGGUCAUGCUUGGAUACUUCAAGAUGACGGAAUCGUGAAGCGGGAUUAUUUGUAAAUGACUGACAUGAUUAAAUAUGAUUGCUGCUUUGCUUUCCGACCGACAA